GUACCUCACACAGGUGAGGCUCACCUUUCAGCCAGGUCUCAACACAGUAGCACGCGCACAGAACUUCCUGUGACACGCUGUGAUGUCAUAAUGAACCAGAAGUUUUCCAGACAAAUCUUGAGCAUAACAAAUCACGUAAAUCUAAAAUGUAUAUUUUCUGAAUCAUUUUCAGUUUAGAGCAAAGAGAAGGUUUCAUAAAAUAACUAGCCCUGGCAGUAUAACGGGCCGUUUUUGUCCCCGUGUUUCUGAAGCACACACCCACAGAGUGCUGAUGUGGAUCUGCAGACCUUUAAAUUAGACUUUGGUUAGUAGAGUUUACUAACAGAGCAGAUGAAACUCGCGCUGAGAGCAGGACUGUUAUAUGUAUUAUGUAGCGAUUUUAUUCUGAUUUCGUUUCAUUUUAUUGUUUACCAAAGAGCAGCGCGUCAUCGAAGUAAAUAAAUGGUAAAUGGCCUGUAUUUAUAUAGCGCUUUACUAGUCCCUAAGGACCCCAAAGCGCUUUACAUAUCCAGUCAUCCACCCAUUUACACACUGGUGAUGGCAGCUACAUUGUAGCCACAGCCACCCUGGGGUGCACUGACAGAGGCGAGGCUGCCGGACACUGGCGCCACCGGGCCCUCUGAAGUCAACGUUAUUGUCAAAAACUACAUGUACAGGUCACACACAGGAACCUGCAGGGCUCCCGUGGCCCUCAGCGUUACACUAAACAACAUGAAAGUCUUAUACACACAAGUGUCCAACACAAUGCGAGUGUUUGUGGGCACUGUGGGUCAGAGGGAAGACGUGGGUGCAGGUCUGGUCGACAGGUUCAGCAUCCUGACGGCCUGAUGGAUGAAGCUGUCUCUCAGUCUGCUGGUUCUGGCCCCGAGGCUCUUCAGUCUCCUUCCUGAUGGCAGCAAACUGAAGAAGCUGUUGGACGGAUGGGUGGAGUCACCUGUGACGCAGAGAGCUUUUUGGGUGAGGCGGGUGCAGUAGAUGUCCUGGAGAGAGCGAAGAGAAGCACCCACGAUCCUCUCUCUGCUCUCACUGCUAGCUGUAGCUGUUUCCUGCAGACCCAGUGCAGCAGCCGUACCACACGGUGAUGCAGCUGGUGAGGAUGCCUCUGUAGAAGGUGCUCAUCGUGGGGGUCGAGGCUCUCGCUCUCCUCAGUUUGAGCAGGAAGUAGAGUCACUGUUGGGCUUUACUGACCAUGAUGCUGUGUUCUUUGACCAGGAGAGAACUUCUGAGAUGUGCACACCCAGGAACUUGGUGCUGCUUACUCUCUCCACAGCAGCACCACUGAUGGUCAGUGGGGUGUGCAGGGUGUGAGUUCUCCUGGUCUAUGAUGAUCUCCUUGGUCUUCUCCACGUUCAGGGACUCAGCCAGAUGUUUAACUUCACUCCUGUCGUAGGUCUCAUGGUUGUUGCUGAUGUGACCUACCACAGUUGUGUAGUCUGCAAACUUGAGGAAGCAGUUGUGUGAUGGUGUGCAGUCGUGGGUCAGCAGAGUGAAGAGCGCAUCCUCGGGGAGCCCCCGUGUCCUGCUGCUGGAGGUGCCGACCGACUGUCAUCACUAACAGUUUCUUUUUCCUGCCCAUGGCAGAGAUUGGUGGUUUGUGGAACUGAUUCCAGAGCAGCUCUGUGCUGGAUAAUCUCCUCUAAUCUGUUAAUCCUCCUUCCUCCGUCUGGUUUAGCUUCCUCUCAGUCUGUUCUGACCUGCAGGGAUGAAAGCUGCACAUUCUGGGAGCUUCCUGGUGCUGCCGUGGCCCGGUGGCGGCGGCAGCUCAGACCCGGCCCAGGGAGAGGAAAGUCAGGGCUGCCUGAUGCUGAGAUCUGGAGCUCUGCUGGGAGUCACGCUGAUCUGCGUGGCGGUGUUGAGGAAGUGGAUCGCAGGUGGAGUUUGUCGCUGUUCGGUUCGUCUGGAUGGGAGAACAGUUGUGAUCACUGGAGCAAACGCUGGCAUCGGCAAAGAGACGAGCAGAGAUCUGGCACGCCGAGGAGCCCGGGUGGUGAUGGCGUGCAGGGACCUGACCCGGGCAGAACGGGCGGCUGAGGAAAUCCGCCGGUCGACAGGAAACGGUAACGUGGUGAUCAGACACCUGGACCUCGCUUCCACGUACUCCAUUAGACAGUUUGCUAAAGAUUUCCUGGACAGCGAAGAAAGGCUGGACAUCCUCAUCAACAAUGCAGGAGUGAUGAUGUGUCCAAAACAGCUGACCGAGGACAACUUUGAGACACAGCUGGCGGUCAACCAUCUGGGUCACUUCCUGCUCACUAAUCUGCUGCUGCCGAAGCUGAAGAGCUCCUCCCCCAGCCGUGUGGUCAACGUGUCCUCCGUUGCCCACCGUGGAGGUCGUAUUGACUUUGACGAUCUGUUCUUCAGCCGGAGGCCGUACGGCGCUCUGGAGAGCUACAGACAGAGCAAACUGGCUAACAUCCUCUUCUCCAGAGAGCUGGCCCGACGUCUCUCAGGCUCUGGUGUGUCGUCGUUCUCUCUUCACCCAGGCGUGAUCCGGACCGAGCUGGGUCGCCAUGUGGAGGGUUGGUUCCCCCUGGUCGGGCUGCUGCUGAAGCUCCCAUCCCUGCUGCUCAUGAAGACUCCGUGGGAGGGCUGCCAGACCAGCCUGUACUGCGCUGUGACGCCGGGCCUGGAGGAGCUGUCUGGAUGCUACUUCAGCGACUGUGCAGAGAAAGAAACUGCUCCAGAGGGACAGGACGAUGUGGUGGCAAGAAAACUGUGGGAGGUGAGCACACGUCUGGUCGGACUGAAGAACACCUGCUGACCUUUAACCUCUGACACACGAAGCAAUGGAGCUGCAGACUGCGGACAAAUGAGAACAGAAACAAACAGAUUUACCUCUUGUAGAGACAAAUGAAGCUCUGUGUUGUUGCCCCGUUUGAGUCCCAGAUGUUCCAGCUGCUGAUAUUUGUCCUGUCCUCCAGAACCUGGACUCUCAUGUGCAACAUAAACCUCCAUGUCCCCCGACUGUCCCCUCACUGUCCCCUCACUGCUCCCUAAAUAUUUCCUGACUUUUCCUUCGUUUUUUCUCCAUUGUAUGUUUAUUAUUCCAUCACGUAUCUUCAUGCUUUCCUCUUUUGAUGCUUUCGCUGACUUCCUGUGUCCUCCUCUUUACUGGUUGGUGAUGUGUGGAGUUCAGCUGUGUGGACGUGAAGCUUUGGGUGUUAUUAAAGACAGUUUGACUGUUUCUAUA